GUGGCCCCUGCAGCUGUGAGUGCUACACAUUACCAUCCAGACACUGCCUUCAUAUAGCACAUGGUAGCAUUCGGAAGCUACUUGUAGCGACGGACACCACCGGGCCCCAAACUCCGUGUAUUUCAGUUUUCAGUCUACAAGUUAAAGCUGUGAAACUUAACUUUGGAAACUUAGUUGUAAAGCACCUACAACUUUGAAGUCUUUGUUGAAAGGCGAGCUGUGAGCGAGUGUUAUAUAGCGAGUUUCUGAACUUUCCAAACACUUGUCCCACUUCGCCAUCAGCAGCUAAGCAGCAGCUAGCAUGUCGACCGGCACGAAUGAAGUUAAAAGCUGCCCCAUCCCGACCAGGGUGCUCACCCUGAAGGACUGGUCCCAGCUCCCCGACUGUUACAGCCAGACGCCAGGAGGGACCCUAUUCUCCACCACUCCUGGGGGCACCCGCAUCAUCUAUGACAGGAAGUUUCUGUUGGAUUGUCGAAACUCCCCUCUUGCCCGGACCCCCCCGUGCUGUCUGCCCCAGAUCCCAGGGGUAACAGUACCUGCUACACACCCCAUUGGGAAAUUGCAGGACCUCAAAGAGGAGGCUGAGGAGGAAGAGAAGGACAUUGCAGACGACAACCAGUUUGAGAUGGACAUCUGAGCUCCAGUAUUACCUCCUGUGGAGAGUUAGUGAAAACGCCUCCAAGGUCAUUAAUGACUGUAAUGCAUUACAUAUAAAGCUUUUUUUUUCACCUUUUUUAAAUUAAAGCUUUUGUGAGGAACCAAACAGAAUGGGAAGCUAGAAAACUGUAGGGUGUUUUUUACCCUAAAUAUGUAUGUUAAGCAAAGACAUGGUAUUUCAUGGGUUGAUGGGUUGCUCACUCACUACAGAGCUGCAGCAGGAUUGGAAAAGUCCAUUUUGAUUUCACUUUUUUUUAUCUUUUGUAAAUAAGAAAAUUGUACAAUGUAGCCUAUUUUUUAAGUUGGGGAAUAUGAGAUGAUUACAUUACGACAUGUAGAGUUUUUCACUGCAGGCAUCAGUUUUGUUUUGUUGUAUUUCCCCCAAAAAGGAUGGCUAACUUUCUUUGUGAUAGGCAAACCUGUGUCUCCUAGUACAGGGGGUCAGGGCCUACUGAAAAUCAGCUCCUACUGUUUUGUAUGGAGGGAGAGAUGAAAUGUGAAUAAUUUCAAAUAAAGGCUGUUCAAACUAUCA